UAGUGAAGUGAGUGGUGCAGUUUCCAAGUUAGCCGGGUUCUCCUCUCCACCAUUCUCAACCGAGGCUUCACUCUAUGUGCACGUGAGGAUUGGUAGACUACUCAAUGAGCAUCUAUCUCUCUUUCUGGUAUCUAUCCUUCUCUCAAAAGGCAAUGAAUGAAUGAGAGCCGAUUUCAACCAACACUUUGUCAGUCAAACUCAGUCAAACCCCUGACCCUAUCCCUGACCCUAACCCCUAUCCGCAACCUGAGACCACCUAACCCUGACCUGACCUAACCCUGAUCCUUCCCUAACCCUGGGCCCUAACCCUGAUCCUGUCCUAACCUGAAAAAGAUUGCCCUAAAAGACCCCUAUCCCCCCCCUGUCCCCAACCAAAAGGAUUUUGUUUCCCCAAAUUUUUUUUUAAAAAAAAAUUUCCCCAUAAACAAACCCCCCAAAAAGGGGGGGGGCGUUUUUUUUUUUUUCCCCCCAUUUUUUCCGGUUUUUUUCCCAAAAAACCCCUUUUGGGGCCAUGGUAACAUGGGUUUUUUCUUUGAAUUCCAAAAACUUUUCAAUUUGGUCCAGUAAGGAAACUUUUAAAAAUUUUGGGGGGGUUUAAAAGAAAAUUUUUUAAAUAGGGGUUUUUCCCAUUCAAAAAACCAAAUUUCCUAACUGAUCCUUGUCCCAAAAAAUUAAAAAAACCCAAACCCUCAUUAAACCCAAAGAACAACGGAGGUACCCGGGCUUUGGGGUUUUUUUCCCAAAAAAUUUAGGGGAAAAAAAGGGGGUUUCUUUUUUAACGGGGGGUUUAUUAGGAUAGGAUUUUGCUAUAAGGGGGCAUUCCCUUUUCUGGUAUUAUUUCCCAAAAGGCAAAAGAAUGAAGGUUUCCCAAAAUUUUUUUUCAUUUAAAAACCACCAAACCCCUGACCUAUUCCCUACCCCCCCUGAUCCUGUCCAAAAAUGGGGAAACCCUGAUUUUUCCAAAAACCCUCCCCUGCCAAAACCCCUAACCCGGGCCCUACCUAACCGUCCUCCCCCAAUGCCCCUAACCCUGACCUCCCUCCCUUUUGACCCCCCCCUGACCCUGCCCAAAAAGACCCAUCCCACCUGUCCCAAACCCUGACCCCCCCAUCCGCCCAAACCCCUUGACCUUCCCUACCUGCCCAACCCUCGACCCUUCCCCUACCGACCCGAUUUUUCCCAAAAACCCCUGACCUACCUACCCUGAUCCGUCCCUAACCUAACCCUAACCUGAUCCUGACCCCAACCCUGACCCUACCCUCCCUGUCCCUACCCCCCCUUUUCCUGUCCAACCCUGACCUGAUCCGCCCUAACCCUGACCUUCCCUGCCCCUGCCCCUAACCCUGCCCCUAACCCGGCCUGACCCCCCUGUUCGUCCCUACGUUGAAGAGAUUUUUCCUACUUAACCAAAAGAACCUGUUUUUACCCAGGACUAAGGUUGGAUGUCUCCAAACCCGGACCACUGUCCCCCCUGCCCCUGUUUACGUCAAACAACCCUCCCCUGUCCUGCCUUUUGUUUGUGCCCAGGGGUUGAAAGGGCCUAUUCCCUAACAGUACUUUUCCAGAGGUAGGUGAGUUUUAGGGGAAAAAGGGGCCUUUAACUACCGGUGUCCCCAUCCGCAAUUCAACCCGUAAGAGCUUAGCUUUUUUCCUUCUAAAAAAAAAGGGGGGGGGCAAGGAAAAAAGGGAAAAGGGAAAAUUAGAAAGAAAGGGGGAGAAAAAAAAGGAGCAAAAAAGCAGGGAGGAGGAGAGAGAGGGGGGGGGAAAAAAAAUUUUUAAAAAAACAAGGGGGAAAAAAAAACCCCCCAGCCCAAAAAAAACCCCCCCGGGGGCUCCCCCCCCCCGGGGGCCCCCCCCCCCUUUUUCCCUCCCCCUCCGUUUAUCCCCCCAAAAUUUUUUAACCCCCCCCUGGGUUUACUUACCCCCUUUUUUUUGUUUUCUAGGGGUUUUUUGGGGGGGGGGGGGGGGGGGAAAAAAGGGGACGGGCGGGGGGGGGGGGAAAGGGGGAAAAGGAAAGGGGGAAGAGGAGAGAAACAGGGAGAAAAAAAAGGGGGAGGAGAAGAGAGAGAAAAAAAAGGAAAAAAAGAAAAGUUUGGGAAAAACGAAAAAAAAAGGGUUUAAUCAAAAAGGUUUGUAACCCGAAGCCACAAUUUUGUUCCCUCUCUUCCUUCUCUCUCUAUUAUUACUAUCUCCCCCCAUUCCUCAAACUCCCCCCCUUCUUUUUCUCUCGUCUUCAGUAUCACCUCUGUGUUUUUUGGAGGCGGGACUCCCAGCCUGGCCCGCCCCUCCACCAUUGCUGCGGUCCUGGAGAUGGUUGCCAGGCACGCUGGCCUAUCAGAGGAGGCGGAGGUCACUCUGGAGGUCAACCCCACCCCCAUAGGAAGCUCUAAGUUGGAGAACUUCCUCCAUGCUGGCGUCAACCGUUUUUCCAUCGGAGUGCAGGUGCGAUUAAGGCCGGUAUUCAAUCAGUUGCACAUAGUAGAUUCCCUGAAAGCAUUCUCAGAAGUGUUGAAUUACAUCCUGCUACUGUAUAUCAUGGGAAUGGUCAGGCGGAGGCUAGCAACCCUAUCUCAUAAAACCUUUUCUGCUACGGAAACUGAAAGAAUAGAAAACAUUGUUAAUGGUGGAAAGAGGAGAAGGAGAGAGAAGGAGAAGAGAGGAGGAGGAGAACAAGAGUGUGAUGCAGCCUUUAGAAUGAAGCAACACAGUCAGUCACUGAUCACUAGCUUUGUUCUGAACAGUCAGUUACUGAUCACUAGCUUUGUUCUGAGAACCAAGUGUCCUUUUCAUAUGUGGAACUGGGGAGCUGAAGGAGAGCUUUGGGAAACGCUGUUCUAACAUGUCUCUCAUAUGUCUGCUUCUUUUCAACCAACAGUCUCUCCGGGACGACAACCUGAAGGUUCUGGGGAGAGGCCAUUACACUCAGCAUGCUUUACAGACCGUAGCGGAGGCUCUGCCCGGGUAGGGUGUCGGUCGACGUCAUGGUCAGAGGGUUGCAUCCUGGGAGUUGGAAUUGGAUGAGCUGCUGUCGGUGUGUGACGACCACGUCUCCCUGUACCAGCUGACCCUGGAGAGAGGCAUGUCUUUUCUUACAAACACUGAUAGUUUUUUUUUGUGCGUGAGUAUUUAGAAGUUUAAUUGACAUGUACAGAUCAGAACAUGAGAUGGUGAGAUGGAGGAGAGGAUACAUGAGAGGAAGUAGCAGGAACUAUACCACUACAUUUUACAUUUUAGUCAUUUAGCAGACGCUCUUAUCCAGAGCGACUUACAGGAGCAAUUAGGGUUAAGUGCCUUGCUCAAGGGCACAUCGACAGAUUUUUCACCUAGUCGGCUUGGGGAUUAGAACCAGCGACCUUUCGGUUACUGGCACAACGCUCUUAACCACUAAGCUACCUGCCGCCCCAGCAGACUGAACCUGCAGAUAUUCUGAAGAAGGUUUUUACUUGCAGUGACUGUGAUAUGUGGUUGUUUUUACUUACCGUAGUUGAAUUAGUAGCUGUUGUGAUUGUAACAGCUAAUAGGUAUCCACAUGAAUAUAAGCACUGACUGUAAGUCACUCUGGAUAAGAGCUUCUGCUGCUAAAUGACUCCAAUGUAAACAUGUCAACUGCAGGCACACAGCUCUUCAGCCAGGUUCAGAAAGGCCAACUGAGCGUGCCCAGUGAUGACAUCACAGCUGUCAUGUAUGAAUCUGCCAGGAGGAUUCUUCAGAAUAGAGGCUAUCUGCAGUAUGAGGUGUCCAACUUUGCAAGAAAUGUAAGUUCUACUCUCUCUCUCUGUGUGUGUGUGAGUCCUUGUGUCUGUCCUACUACUGUGCCAUAGUAGAAAUACCUUUAACAGAAAACCCUGCAGUAGAAAACCCUUUAGUACAAAACCCUGCAGUAGAAACCCCUUUAGUACAAAACCCCUGCAGUAGAAACCCCUUUAGUACAAACCCCUGCAGUAGAAACCCCUUUAGUACAAACCCCUGCAGUAGAAACCCCUUUAGUACAAACCCCUGCAGUAGAAACCCCUUUAGUACAAACCCCUGCAGUAGAAACCCCUUUAGUACAAACCCCUGCAGUAGAAACUCCCGAGUGGCGCAGUGCCAGCUGUGCCACUAGAGAUCCUGGUUCAAAUCCAUGCUCGUGACCGGGAGACCCAUGGUGUGGCGCACAUUUGGCCCAGCGUCAUCCAGGGAAGGGGAGGGAAUGGCCAGCAGGGAUGUAGAGCAUGGUGUUUGCAACGCCAGGGUUGUGGGUUCGAUUCCCACGGGGGGCCAGUAUGAAAAAUAAUGUGUGCACUAACUGUAAGUCGCUCUGGAUAAGAGUGUCUGCUAAAUGAAUAAAUAAAUAAAUAAAUAAAGAGAAACCCCUUUAGUACAAACCCCUGCAGUAGAAACCCCUUUAGUACAAACCCCUGCAGUAGAAACACCAGGCUAUUCUCUGUGCUGUAUUGGUUGUCAUAACUAUUGAAUAUUAAUAUUACCUGCUACAGUUGGGACACAUCUGUAAUAUACCUUGUGUAUUUUAUGUUUGUUUUGAAGGGUGCCAUCAGCCAACACAAUAUGAGCUACUGGAAGGCCAGUCAGUACCUUGGAGUGGGCCCUGGUGAGUUAAUAGUGCUUUAUGAAUGCUUUAUGAAUGCUCUAUAACAUCUUUAUGAAUGCUCUAUAACACCAUUUUGAAUGCUUUAUGACACCUUUAUGAAUGCUCUAUAAGACCUUUAUGAAUGCUCUAUAACAACUUUAUGAAUGCUGUAUAACCACCUUUAUGAAUGCUCUAUAAAGCCUUUAUAAGUGGUUGUUUAUUUGAAGUGGGACUCUUCUGUCUGCCAGGAGCCCAUGGUCGCUUCGUCCCCCAUGGAGAGGGGGGUGUAUGUCGAGAGGCCCGUACCCAGACUCUGGAGCCUGAUGUCUGGGUGAGAGAGGUGCAGCAGAGGGGUCACGGGACUCGACGCAGGAUACCCCUCACCCACUACUUUCCGCUUACAGGCUGGUUCACCCUGCAGCGCUUCACAAUUCCGUGCUGCAUCUUUAAAGGGAUAAUCCACUCCUGAAUGAAACUCCUGUUUUGGUAAUUAAUCAUGUUUCUAUGAGUGGGGUUUAAAAAUAAACUAGUUUCACCUUUGAUUUGACUUCUAAGUGGUCCGUCUGGUACAAUCAGAAAAUGGUUUGUGCCACGUACAUUUGACGAUAAGGUUCUCGUCCCAGGGAGAUAAGGACCAACAACACUAUCCCGUUUCAUAUCGCUGUCAGAGUCCCAUAUUCAGCCCAAUAGACGGGUAUGAACAUUACUGGGUUGACUGCGUGAGUCAGCUGAUCUAAUGUCCUGCUUCCGGACUGUUCACCUGCAGGAGUUCAUCCGGUGCUGCACGUUUUAAUGGUUACGUUCAAUAAUACUGUUCACCCUGCCCCCCCCCCCAGGUUUCAUACGGUGCUGCACGUUAUGGUCUACUUUCAAUAAUCUGGUUCACCUGCAGAGUUCAUACGUUGGGCUGCACGUUUUAAUGGUCUACUUCAAUAAUUUACUUUUCACCUGCAGAGUUCAUACGGUGCUGCACGUUAAUGGUCUACUUUCAAUAAUACUGUUCACCUGCAGAGUUCAUACGGUGCUGCACGUUAAUGGUCUACUUUCAAUAAUACUGUUCACCUGCAGAGUUCAUACGGCGUGCACGUUAAUGGCUCUACUUUCAAUAAUAGGUAACUGGGUUCAUACGGUGCUGCACGUUAAUGGUUCUAAUUUCAAUAAUACUGUUCACCUGCAGAGUUCAUACGGUGCUGCACGUUAAGGUCUACUUUCAAUAAUACUGUUCACAUGCAGAGUCAUACGGUUGCUGCACGUUAAUGGUCUACUUUCAAUAAUACUGUUCACCUGCAGAGUUCAUACGGUGCUGCACGUUAAUGGUCUACUUUCAAUAAUACUGUUCACCUGCAGAGUUCAUACGGUGCUGCACGUUAAUGGUCUACUUUCAAUAAUACUGUUCACCUGCAGAGUUCAUACGGUGCUGCACGUUAAUGGUCUACUUUCAAUAAGCAUGCCGUCUUUAGCCAACUCUCUUGCUAUCUCUCUCAGAAUGACCUUCUUGAUCCAAACCAGUCAGGUUUCAAGACUGGUCAUUCAACUGAGACUGCUCUUCUCUGUGUCACGGAGGCUCUCCGCACUGCUAAAGCUAACUAUCUCUCCUCUGCUCUUGUCCUUCUAGACCUGUCUGCUUCCUUUGAUACUGUGAACCAUCAGAUCCUCCUCUCCACCCUCUCCGAGCUGGGCAUCUCCGGCGCGGCUCACUCUUGGAUUGCGUCCUACCUGACCGGUCGCUCCUACCAAGUGGCGUGGCGAGAAGCUGUCUCCGUACCACGUGCUCUCACCACUGGUGUACCCCAGGGCUCAGUUCUAGGCCCUCUCCUAUUCUCCCUAUACACCAAGUCACUUGGCUCUGUCAUAUCCUCACAUGGCCUCUCCUAUCAUUGCUAUGCAGACGACACACAACUAAUCUUCUCCUUUCCCCCUUCUGAUAACCAAGUGGCGAAUCGCAUCUCUGCAUGUCUGGCAGACAUAUCAGUGUGGAUGUCGGAUCACCACCUCAAGCUGAACCUUGGCAAGACGGAGCUGCUCUUCCUCCCGGGGAAGGACUGCCCGUUCCAUGAUCUCGCCAUCACGGUUGACAACUCUGUUGUGUCCUCCUCCCAAAGUGCGAAGAGCCUUGGCGUGACCCUGGACAACACCCUGUCGUUCUCCGCUAACAUCAAGGCGGUGACCCGAUCCUGUAGGUUCAUGCUCUACAACAUUCGGAGAGUACGACCCUGCCUUACACAGGAAGCGGCACAGGUCCUAAUCCAGGCACUUGUCAUCUCCCGUCUGGAUUACUGCAACUCGCUGUUGGCUGGGCUCCCUGCCUGUGCCAUUAAACCCCUACAACUCAUCCAGAAUGCUGCAGCCUGUCUGGUGUUCAACCUUCCCAAGUUCUCUCACGUCACCCCGCUCCUUCGCACACUCCACUGGCUUCCAGUUGAAGCUCGCAUCUGCUACAAGACCAUGGUGCUUGCCUACGGAGCUGUGAGGAGAACGGCACCUCCGUACCUUCAGGCUCUGAUCAGUCCCUACACCCAAACGAGGGCAUUGCGUUCAUCCACCUCUGGCCUGCUGGCUCCCCUACCUCUGCGGAAGCAUAGUUCCCGCUCAGCUCAGUCAAAACUGUUCGCUGCUCUGGCACCCCAAUGGUGGAACAAGCUUCCUCACGACGCCAGGACAGCAGAGUCACUCACCACCUUCCGGAGACAUUUGAAACCCCACCUCUUUAAGGAAUACCUCGGAUAGGAUAAAGUAAUCCUUCUACCCCCCCUUACCCCAACCAACCCCCCCCCUUGUAAAGUGGUUGUCCCACUGGCUAUAAGGUGAAUGCACCAAUUUGUAAGUCGCUCUGGAUAAGUGCUAAAUGACGUAAAUGUAAAUGUAAUAAUACUGUUCACCUGCAGAGUUCAUACGGCGCUGCACGUUAAUAGCAUACUUCCAACAAUACUCCAGACUCACUCAUAGCAUGGGGUUCUAUUCAGGGGUUGUAUUUGUACAUCAAGCGCUCACGCUACAGAAACAGGAAAUCCUGCCCUAUGGGCCAUUCUGGCUUGGACAAGGCUUCCUUACUCACAGCAUGGCAUAUAUACUGUAGCAACUUUUUUAACUUUAUUCUUCUGAUUGCAGAUUGGAGGAAGUGUUGGUAUGGGACUGCAUUUGAUGACGGCACCCACUCACCAGGUAAUCUUGGUUAACCCAGAAAUUGACGGCAUCACUCACCAGGUAAUCUUGGUUAAGCCAGAACAUUGACGGCAUCACCACCAGGUAAUCGGGGUUAACCAGAACAUUGAUGGCAUCAUCCCCAGGUAAUCUUGGUUAACCCAGAACAUUGACGGCAUCACUCACCAGGUAAUCUGGUAAACCCAGAACAUUGAUGGCAUCACUCACCAGGUAAUCUUGGUUAACCCAGAACAUUGACGGCAUCACUCACCAGGUAAUCUUGGUUAACCAGAACAUUGACGGCAUCACUCACCAGGUAAUCUUGGUUAAUUUAAGCCAAAAACAUUGAGGCAUCACCCUCCAGGAAAUCUUGGUUAACCCAGAACUUUGACGGCAUCACUCACCAGGUAAUCUGGUUAACCCAAGAACAUUGACGGCAUCACUCACCAGGUAAUCUUGGUUAACCCAGAACAUUGAUGGCAUCACUCACCAGGUAAUCUUGGUUAACCCAGAACAUUGACGGCAUCACUCACCAGGUAAUCUUGGUUAACCCAGAACAUUGACGGCAUCACUCACCAGGUAAUCUUGGUUAAGCCAGAACAUUGACGGCAUCACCCUCCAGGUAAUCUUGGUUAACCCAGAACAUUGACGGCAUCACUCACCAGGUAAUCUUGGUUAACCCAGAACAUUGACGGCAUCACUCACCAGGUAAUCUUGGUUAACCCAGAACAUUGACGGCAUCACUCACCAGGUAAUCUUGGUUAACCCAGAACAUUGACGGCAUCACCCUCCAGGUAAUCUUGGUUAACCCAGAACAUUGACGGCAUCACUCACCAGGUAAUCUUGGUUAACCCAGAACAUUGACGGCAUCACUCACCAGGUAAUCUUGGUUAACCCAGAACAUUGAUGGCAUCACUCACCAGGUAAUCUUGGUUAACCCAGAACAUUGAUGGCAUCACUCACCAGGCAAUCUUGGUUAACCCAGAACAUUGACGGCAUCACUCACCAGGUAAUCUUGGUUAACCCAGAACAUUGAUGGCAUCACUCACCAGGCAAUCUUGGUUAACCCAGAACAUUGACGGCAUCACUCACCAGGUAAUCUUGGUUAACCCAGAACAUUGACAGCAUCACUCACCAGGCAAUCUUGGUUAACCCAGAACAUUGAUGGCAUCACUCACCAGGUAAUCUUGGUUAACCCAGAACAUUGACGGCAUCACUCACCAGGUAAUCUUGGUUAACCCAGAACAUUGACACAUACUAAACAGUAUAUACACACAGUAGAUGCUAUAACAAGAGGAUGUUUCAAUUGUUUCUAGAUUCAUUGUUUGUGUCAAUAGGGUCCAUCAUCAAUGGAUAAAAACAUUUUCUAACCGUACGUUGUGUUCAGUAUGUUGCACACCGCUGUUCUGAUUCAACUUUCUUUCUGUCUACAUCUGGGUUUAUGUUUCUGAUUCAUGGUAAUUCUGCGGCAGCAUUGUCAGUUGUUCAGUCCCAGGGCAGAUCUACACCAGAUUCUCAGCUCAUCUUCUGAAGUACAAGAUCUUCAACAGACAGGCCUUCUAAUCCUGGAUGAC